UCAAUUUCGAGUUCAACCGAGCCUCACUUCCGGUCCUCCAUUGCAUCCCGAACUACUCAGCUAAUCCUAUCCUCCUGAUUGACACCACAUCCCCGUCAAUUGCACCCCGACUUCUACAAUGCGUCCUACUCAAGCUCUACGAGGUGGCGGCGGCGAUGCUCCUCUUGGCCGCCAUGACAAAUACCUCGGCAGCUGGGGAAACUUUGGGGGUUACAAGCAGAAAGGUAUCAUCACAUAUACUAUGAGCCCGAACAGGCAGAACCCAAUCGCCGGCGCUGCCCAUGAUGCCGUCUUCAACACUUGGCGCCGAUUCAGCAAGCAGGUGCUAUACGUUGCACCCCCCUUCAUCGCUUUCUACUACGCCAUGUCCUGGGCUACCGAGAGAAAUCAUUAUCUGAACUCUAAGGAGGGUCGCAAGGAGUUCAGUGACGCCGAAUAAGGGAGCCCUCAAUGAUGGAAUAGAUAUCGCGCCUUUCGUGUAGACAAAAUCCUGUAUAUCAAUAGACAGAAGUAUGACAAGCGCAAAUGAUACACUUCAGUUCACUUUGCUAAU